AUAUGUUAACUGAAAGAUCGCCAGGUUUUCUCAUUCAAAAACUUAGCUACUAAAUUAUUUAGGUUUGUUUGUAAGGUGAGAAAUGGAAGCAAGAACCAUGGAAUUUGAUCCUCAUCUGUAUUUUCAGGUGGGAAAGGCAACAAUCAGUGAGGGAAUGAAGCGUUUGCAAAAUUUAGCACACUGGUACAACUCGACUCCAGAAAAGGCUGGAUUAUUUGAUGAAAUCAUCACCUAUCUUCUAUCUCUUCAACGACAAAUAAAGGAGAUUGAAUCUUUAGCGCAACGGGGAGAAGCACAUGUAUCUUCCAAUAUCAAUACAACAGAUCUGCACCAUGGGCAGGUGAUAGAGCUAUUUGUAUAUUGACAGGAAAUUACCCAAAUAAGAGAACAAAAUAAAGAGAUUGAGAUGGUGAUGAAUA